CAAAAGCUUCCUGUAUGUCGGCUUAGUAGCUUUCCAGGCUUAAGCUGCAUGCCUUUUCCGAACUAACAGUGGAGUGCAUAUAAAAAUAUAGAAAGGAAAACAUUUUUGUUGCCAAGAAAGCUGGCAGCGCAGCACCAACAUCGACUUUUCAUGUCGAGCAACCCGAGCCCAGCCCACCAUCGGUUCUCAGGGGACUAUGACGCCUUCUAUGAUCCGGACUUUACAGCAGAAAUUAGUAACAAGAUGCGUGUUCCACAUCACAUUAGUGUCGUCGACCGGGAUGACUACGAGAAGGACAUCGACACGCUGCUCGGCAGGGACAAGAUAAACGAGCAGGCACUGGCCAUGCAUGUGCCCGACCGGAUCCUUGUGCGAGGCGGCAACCAGCACAUUGAGGGCAGGGACCCGGUGCCAGAGAUGCGGCUUGAGAAGUCAAUGGAGCCAGAACCGGAGCCCAUUCUGAUGUCAACACCGCCGCGCACCCUGACCCUCGAUAUGCACGCCUACCCAGCUGUCGACGCAGAGGAUGAGGCAGGGGACAACGCCAAGUCCUCGCUCAGGGUUCGCCGCAAGACGACCCUGAGCAAGCUGCACAAUGGCGACGUCAGUCUCUUCAACAACAGUGGGUCGGUGCCAACGACCCCACCGGGCCCGCUGUGCGUGGAAGAUGAGAUGUUGAUGUUGAAGAAGCAGAUUCGCAACGUAAGCCGGCGUCUCAUCAUCAUCGAGCAGGAGAACCACCAACGACAGCAGCGCGAGAUUGUCCUCUAUUCAGUCGGCGUUCUCUACUUCCUCCUCAAGGGACUCAUGUGGCUGGGUCGGCAUUGGUGAAGAAUGUACGCCAGCCAUGACUGACAGCAUGGAGCUGUGCACCCAGUGCCAGCUCUCCAGUGCAAAAUGCAAAAAAAUUCAUUUUGAGCCAAUACCAGUGGCGAAAUCUUCGAGCAAGACAGUAGCUUGAGGCACACUCUCCACAGCACGAGAAAUUAGCUGCUGCCACAGGUUCUGCGAACCACCAUGUGGAACUUUCAAUGGAAAGAGUGCAGCCAUGUUGCCCUUCACCAACCUCUUUACCACAGGGUGGUGUGAAAAUCUAAGCUACUGCGUAUGGCACACCACAUUCUCUUGAUGGAAAGUUUGUCAAGCAAUGAAAUUCUAAUAUACGCUUCUUCCCGAACUUAAGUGAGAAACUGGCUUCGUACGCUGUUGGAUGUCUUGCUUUGAAUGUUAGCUUUGUUGGUUACUGCGUUGCCGUGGACCUUUUGCUGGUACAUGCUAUCCUUUUGUUCUCAUUACACACCAUGUUUCUAGUAGGAAAGAUGUUAAUGUGACUUCAGAGACCGAAAGUAGCAGUGGCAUGUUACCUAGUCAGCUUCCGUUAUUUGCUGUUUGUUUUGUUGUACUCCCCUUCGGAUUCUUGAUUCCACGCCCUAAUGCAUUGAUAUGACACAUUUUGAUUUAAAGCGGGCAAGAAAGAAAUAUUACAACAGUCUUUUUAUUGUUUUGUUAGUUACUCUGUUAAAAACUUCUUUUACUUGUUUGUAGAUUGUAGCUGAGAUUGUAGCUCAGUACUUUUGGUCUCACUGUUAUUUGCUGACCGUUACAGGUCAACACGACAGCUGCACAUGUUGAGCAGUAUUUUCUGUUUAGUCAUGAAUUUGUCACUUUUGUUGAAAUUCUUUUAAAUCAUGCUCAAGGAAUGGGGAAGCCACUUAUGGCUUUCACUUUACAUGCAUUCUGCACAAUCCAGUGGUUAGGCUUGGUGGCGGUGCAUAACAGGUGCGCUACAAGCCAGACAUUCAGGUACCUGUAUAGCUCUGCCAUGCCACUAGCUGUGCUAUACAUUUGUGAGGUCAGGCUGGCACGAUGGGGUCCUUGUAUAUAACACACAUUUAACUGUUUCCCAUCAGAUAGCUUGGCAAGCAUUAUGGUAUGCAAUAGAGUGUUUACACCACGAGAAGAACACAAUUGUUUCUAUGUUUUCUUAGCCUCCUUCGCACAUUGGAUGUCUUGCAACAUGCUAGUGGCAAGCCACUCCAUCAAGCAUGAGCAUUUUGUCUCUAGAAGUGACCACACAUUUCACAGCUGUUGUCUGAGCAAAUUUACUAAGCUGUGUGCCUCUAGAGCUUGAACGAAGCUCAUAAUUUUGAUUAAGGAGCCAGUUUCUGAGUUGUAACUGGCCAUAAUGUGACGUAUUAAACAGUCAGCCAAAUAUCCUUGGACACAUAGUGUAAGAAUUGACUAUGAUGUGCAGAGAAUGGUUUGUUAAAAAUGACUUUGUUUCAAGCCCAUGACUUACCAUUGUGUGGUAUUGCCCAGGGCCUGUGCAUAUGUCGUCCACACUGUUGUGGCUCACAUUCAUAUUGAGAAAAUGUCGACUGCACACCCUCUUUUCUUCUGCUCUCUCUCUCCUAUCCUAAAGCUGAAAGCUGUGCUAGCUGUCUUUAAGGGAAACAGCAAAUGGCCUUCAAAUCCACCUUCUAUAUGCAGUAGCUACUUGAAUCGUCACACAAGGACUUUGAAGCUGAAAAUUAUUGUAUUAAAAGGACAGUGGUGAAGGCACGUUAAAAUGGUGCACGAGUUGCCGACAGCUUCAUUUCAUUUUGCUGCAUGCCUGGCUUCAUUGCAACUUUCAUACUUCAUUAUGAUGAGCACAUUGACCAUGAAUGAACUCACUCAGCCUCCUUGAUUGCCUAACUAGCUUCAGCCAGUGUUAGUAGUGUGUUAUCAUUGAGAGGUGCUGGUUCUGAUUUAGUGCAAGAUGUGCACUUUCCCUUUCCCCCUCCCCCAACCGCUUGUGACCUUCCAGAAACAAAAGUGUGGGUCAUUGCAACGCGCCCAUGAAUUUUUGUUAGUGCAUAAUGGUUGAGUACUGUUGUACAUUACUUCCCUCCCCACACACGAAGCCUGCUGGACAGAUGCAUUUGUCUCUUGUUUAAGAAGGUGUAGUGACCAAUAAAGCUAGUGUAUAUUGCUGCACUGAA